AUGACGGAGACAACAACUAAGGCAAGAGGAGACAGUGACGAGGAGCUAGAUCAUAGCUCUAGUCAACCGAAAGGUACGACAAAGAAGGUAGAUAGUAAUGCUGUUACCAAAGCGCAAAAGUGUGAAGACAUGCCGUUCGAUGAAAGGGAAGUAUUGGUGUUCUCAGAUGGAACCAGUGCUGGUGAUUUCUUUUCUCCUUCUGAAACAAAGGAAGAACAAGAAGAAGAGUCCAGAACAGGGCCAUUGAGCGACGCUUCAUCACGAACAACAACAAUUGUCGCAGCAACAACAACAAUAGAGCUUCUAACGACCGAAAAACCAAAUCCAUCGUUAGAUGAACGACAAGACGAGGUGGAUUCAUCCAGCGACAAGACUAAAAAGUCGAAAAAGGUCAGUAUUUCUAAACUCCUCCAAGGUUCUAACAAGAAGAAGAAGACGAGCAGCAGCAAAGAGACAGAGUCCAAGAGCAGCGCAGAAUCCAAGACAAGCUGCAUUUCAGCGCUGGACGAUGCAAUUUCGCUGAUCCGAGAGGGUUCGUCUGAAACCAUCACCCAGCAACAAGUGCAAGCUGACCCUACCACUCCUCCUACUCCUACUCAUCCUACUCCUACUCCUACUCCUACUAAUAGUAUGGACUUGGACUAUGAAAUUUCUCGAGUCCGAGAGGGUCCUCCCAUCAGCACUAUCGAACAUGCCAACUUGGAUCUUAACGAUUUGGAGGAUGAUAUUUUUCAAGUACGAGAAGGAAAUACACCCAAGAGUGCUCUCAAGCAAGCCACGGACAUUGCCAUAAAAAAAGUCCGGUUUUCGUUCCGUUCCAAGAAACACGAAGCGCCUGCUAGUAGUGAUGAUGAUAUCGAAUUGAACCGCAAGAUUGAUAUCAACACACUGGUGGAUCUUGAUGAUGAUGAUGAUGAAGACGACAAGCAUGAGGACGAAACUACUCAAGCAAGCGCCGACCCAGCUGUUGCUGCUGCUGCUGCUGCCAAAAAAGAAGGAGACUCGGCCCAAUGGCGCACUGAGUUUCUCAACGACCUGCAAACGAACAGUGUCGACUAUUACGACAAUACUGACGGUCACUCUGUGGAGUCCUAUGACACCACUGGGACCAACAGUACGGACGGGCAAUCCAUAACCAUGUACGACUGCUGGGAACUAGCAUGUGUUUGA